AUGGAUGAGCUGAACGCAGGGGACCUUUGCGGCAAGGAGAAGGUCAACCUCGAAGCCAUCGACAUCGAUGCCUUCACACCCCUCCAAUUUGGCGAGAACGCUCUCGCCAGAAUUUCCGACCUGACCACGCGACUUGCCCAGCUCUUGGACUCCGUGCAGACCCUUUCGUGGAUCAUGGAUGGUGUUGCGUUGGUCAACAUCUUUCUUUUCAACUGUGAGGGCCAGCCUCCCCUCCUGCUUUUCAUCAACUCGGCCAUCGAUUUCUACAAAGAGCUCAACGCCAGCAACGCCAUUAAGGUCAUCAUGGACCCCCUUGCCCCCAAGGCGACGCUCAACCGUGACGGUCCGUGGUCCGGGACUGGGUCCUCCAAUCUCGUCCCUGGUGAUGUGUUCGGCACCGAUGCCUCCAUCGACCAGGCCGCCCUCACGAGUGAGUUGCUCUUUCAGAGCAACGAGGAGGGUGACCGGUACUUCUCGCAGGGUGAAGUUGAGGGUGUCGUCAUUCCCACUGGUGGCAACACUUUCGUUGAUGAUUGCACCACCGGUUACUUGCAGAUGACCCUCGCUCGGAUUGGGUCUUUCUGCCUGAUCGCCAUUGGUAUCUUCGUUAUUGCUAAGAUCCUCGCCCUCUACGCCGGUUUCCGUUACACCUACUGCCGUGGUCUCAACAACAUCCUCAUUUUGAUCGGCGGUAUCCCCACUGCCAUUCCCACUGUCCUGUCCAUCACCCUCGCCGUCGGCGCUCGGCAGCUCGGCAUGCACAAGGCUGUCGUCACUUGUAUCACCGCUAUUGAGUUGGCUGGUACCGAUACCCUCAUUACCAACAAGCUGAUCAUUAACAAGUCGAUCGCUCACACUUACGGUCCCUUCUCCACUGACAACGUCGCCCUGGUCGCUGCCUACGCUUCCCGUACCGGGAACCAGGAUUCCAUUGGUGCUUCCGUCAUUCAGGUCUUUGGUGACACCACGCGCGCCCGUAGCGGUAUCAAGCUCCUCGAUCUCAAGCCCUUCAGCCCCGUCGACAAGCGUACCGAGGUCACCUAUGGUGAGGAGUCCUCUGGCAAGUUCAAGCGCGUCACCAAGGAUAUAGCCGGUAUCAUUUUCGAACCCUGCACGCACAACAAGACCGACGAGUUUCAGAACAAACUCGAGGCUGAUGUUGAGGAGUUCGCUACUCGCGGUCUCCGCGCUCUCGCAGUUGCAUACGAGGAACUUGACGGCGACGACCCUGAGGGUGAGGGUGAUGGCUUCGAGCUCAUCGGUCUUCUUGCCAUCUUCGACCUUCGUGAAGAAACCAAGCAGACCAUCGAUGAUGCCCUCCUCGGUGUCAAGGUCAACAUGGUUACUGGUGAUCAGCUCGCCAUUACCAAGGAAGCUGGUCGCCGUCUCGGCUUCGGCGGCUACAUGCACCCGGCUAAGAUGUUCAAGGAUGGGCACGCUCCCGGCAGCAAGCACAUGUCCCUCGAUGCCAUGAUCCUCGAGGUCGAUGGUUUCAUUGGACGUCUCCAGGGUUUUUGUCCAUUUUGUGCCAUGACUGAUGACGGUGCUAACGACACCCCUGCUCUGCCCCGUGUCAACGUCGGCAUUGCUGCCGAGGGCGCUACGGACGCUGCUCGCUGUGCUACCGAUAUCACCUUGACCGAACCCGGUCUCUCCACCGUGGUCCGAGCCCUCCGCGGAUCCCGUGUCAUCUUCCAGCAUAUGCGCAACUGCUCAAUCUAUGCUUGCACUGCCACCAUUCGCAUCGUUGUCUACUUCGCAACUCUCGCGUUCGCUUUCAAGUUUGACUUCGCGCCGUUCCUUAUCAUCGCUCUUAACGAUGAUACCAUCAUGGCCCUCUCUGUUGACUGCGUCCUGCCUUCGCCGGCCCCCGACUCUUGGGAUCUUGCUGAGACCUUCGCUGUUGCCCUUGUCGCUAUCAUCCUGAAGACCUUGUUUUUCUACGGCAAAUUCAGCGUCACCUUCGAUGGCUCGCCCACCCCCUCUGGUGCCAACGACUACCAGCUGCACUCCAUCGCCUACCUCCAGGUCGCCAUCAUCUCACAGUCUCUUGUCUUUGUCACGCGUUCGCACGGCUUCUUCUUGUCACGCUCCGGUCCCGCUCCGCACCCCUCGGUCACCCUCAUGGUCGCCUUCUGCAUUGCUCAGCUUGUGUCUUCGAUCAUCUCCGCGUAUGCCAACUGUGACUUCACUCAGCUCCGCGCCGCUUCUGGUGGCCGGAUCGGUGUUAUAUGGGUCUGGGCAGCUGUCAUUAAAAAGCUCCGCCAGCGUCACGAAGAGGCUGCCAAGCUUGCUACCGACGAGCCUGGUGUAUCAUUCGCUCUCAGCCCCUGUCGCAUUGAACCAGUCGGCUUCGGCAGCAAGGUCGCGAUGAAGCAUGACGAACCCCAGCGCUUCUCAUCGAUCCGGGCCCAGCGUACUGGCCAAACCUUGGCUUACAACCCGAACCGCACCACAUAG